AAACUCAUUUUUGUGAAUAAAGUCUUCCUUCAUAGCUCAUUCACUCCAUUCCAUUCUACACAGUGCUUGGCUAACUUCCACACUCUUUCCAUUUCCCCCCCUUCUUCCUUCUUCACAUUCACGUUCACAUUCACAAAUCAACAUUUUCUCUCUCACAUUGCUUAUUCAAUUGCUUUAACUCCAUUUCUCUUUCUCUCUCUAUACACAUCUCCGCAUAAAAACACUGGUAAAUAAAUAAAUAAAUAAACAGGCACUCAAAAAAUGGCGAUGGAAGGAGGAGGAGCUGGAGCUGAAUCGAACUAUAAUUCAUCUACUGAAAGUCGCCGAGAACAAUCUCCUCCUCCAAAAUCUCCGACUCCGACGACGGCUCAAGACCAUGAGGAGAAGGCAACUUAUGUCAAAUUCCUCCUGUCAAAUGCUGAAGCUGGUUCAAUUAUUGGCAAAGGUGGCUCAACUAUCACUGAUUUUCAGGCUCGUACUGGGGCCAGAAUUCAGUUGUCGCGUAACUAUGAAGUUUUCCCCGGAACGCCAGAUAGAAUUGUAAUGGUAUCUGGGUUUCUUGACGACAUACUCAAGGCAGUUGAUCUUAUUCUUGGUAAAUUGCUGGAUGAGUUUUAUGUUGAAGAUGGUGGCAAAGUGGAUCCACGCUCAAAAUUUAGACUAAUCGUGCCCAACAGUUCUUGCGGUGGAAUAAUUGGGAAAGGGGGAGCCACUAUAAAGUCAUUUAUUGAAGAUUCUCGGGCUGGCAUAAAAAUAUCUCCUCAGGAUUACAACUUUCCAGGACUGCAUGAUAGGUUAGUUACAGUGACCGGUACUCUAGAAGAGCAGAUGCGGGCUAUCGAAUUGAUUUUAUUCAAGUUAGCAGAAGACCAUAAUUACGUGCAGUCCAUGAAUGCACCAUUCCAGUAUGCAGCUGUAUAUGUCGGAAUGAACUAUGGACCACCACACAGAGUUGGAGGAAGAUAUCCCAAUUACCGACAGCAGAACAAGGUGGCACCGCAGGAAGACAGGGACAAUUCCAUAACUAUUGGUGUUGCGGAUGAGCGCGUUGGACUAGUCCUUGGCCGGAAUGGGAGGAGCAUAAUGGAGAUCAGUCAGCUUAGUGGCGCCAGAGUAAAGAUAUCAGAUAGGGGUGAUUUCUUGCCCGGUACUUGUGACAGGAAGGUAACUAUAACUGGAUCCCAAAGAGCAAUCCGCAUGGCGGAGUCCAUGAUAUCUCAGAAAGUAGCUUCCAUUUCUGAGAGAGCGGUGAAUUCGUGAAAUGCUGAUCCACUGCUGGAGAACACAUUCCAUCUGAAAAGGGGCAGCAUAAAUUUAGUAAAUUUAAGGAGUAAUUUAGGAUCAAAGCUUGUGGGACAUAAUUUCCGCAAUUGAUUCAAUUGACUGAAUAUAUACCGUUUUAUACAGUUGAAACUCUUCACUAGCUAGUAGCACUCAGUUGGCAGUUUUGAAGCUUUCUUAUGGUCUGUUACAUACAAAACAUUUAUUCCUUUCUGUCUCGUAGAGGAACAGUCAUUGUCAUCAUACGUGCGUCUGUCUCGGCAUAAGCUGAAAGUCUAAUUGGAGCAAUUUUUGUAUUUAUGCCUUUGAAUACUUACUUCAAUAUGGCUUGGGUAAUGUGUAGUUUCUCUGAUUGUGGUGGACGUUUUCA